AUGCAGGCUUCUAUUUUGCUGUUGACACCAGCAUUUGCAAGGCUUAUUUUGCGACUUAAUCUUCAGCCUCCUGAAUUUAGGGCGGUAUCUCUUACGCAACAGUUGGGGUACUACAAGGAGUACCAGAGUAAGGUGACAAAAUUGGUGGGGAUUGAGAAAGCAAAAGGGAUGUUCUCAGCUGGAAUUCAUCUUCUCGGUGCUGGAAAUAGUGAUUAUCUUCAGAAUUACAACAUCAAUACUUAUAUCUAUAGACAGUAUACACCUGAUCAGUUUGCUGAUCUUCUUAUGACCUCCUUCUCUAACUUUGUCCAGCUUUCAGUUACGGAUAUGAAUUUGCGGAAGCCACUUCCAAAGAAUUUGAGUUUUGAUCCUUCUGUUAGAAGCAGCUUCUCUGUGGAUCAGUAUGAGAGUGACUUGCAGUUUGUGGUCCAAUCUCUUUUACUUUCUAUGGAUGUAAACGAGCUUCAGCUUGUUAAAUCUGGUCUAUGCUAUGGAAAUUGUAUUCGUUAUGCUUUGGUGAAGCUUCUCAGAUCGUCGGGCUACAAUGCUGCAAUAUGUACUUCAAAUGGCAAGGUUGUAACAAGGUGCCUGGAGGUGCAUCCAGAGAAGUACUUGGAUAGUCUUCAAAGCAGCUCGACUGUUGCUCAAAUUGUGGAGAACGGUAAGGAACCAAUGCUCAAUGCUGCAGUUCGCCUUCUUCAUAAUCACUAA